CUUAUCUACUCCGUGCGACGUCCAGCCAUUUGUCUAGAACCAUACCCUGCAGCCCCUACCUCCCCCUUCUCCGUCCACUGUCUCAUCAACUCCGACCAAGAGCUCUGCUUGCCUCAACGAUGAAGAAACAAUUGCUUGAUUACUCACUGGUCUCAUCAGGGUUUCUCAUGAUGGUGGUUUAUCACAUAUGGCUCCUCCAUCGCAUCAUAAAGCACCCCACAAAGACCGUCCUUGGCGUCAACGCCAUCAACAGGCUCCUAUGGGUCCGAACUAUGAUGGAUAACAUGUCCAAGAACGGUAUUCUUGCGGUACAAACACUCAGAAACAACAUAAUGGCGUCCACACUGUUGGCAUCCAUGGCGAUCAUGCUGAGUUCCGUCAUCGCGGUGUUGAUGAGCAACAGGAAUGCCCGACCGUCCAAGUUCGUUUAUGGAGACGAAAGCGAUCUUGGGUUCUCGAUCAAACUCUUCUCUAUCUUGAUCUGCUUCUUGAUGGCUUUCCUAUUUAAUGUGCAGUCAAUUCGGUAUUACAGCCACGCAAGCAUCCUAAUCAACGUGCCGGUGAAGAAUAUGUCGUCGUCGUCGUCAUCCCAUCUAACAGUGGAGUAUGUAGGGAGGACUGUGAACAGGGGCAGCCAUUUCUGGUCUCUGGGUUUGCGUGCUUUCUACUUCUCUUUCCCUCUGUUCUUCUGGAUCUUUGGUCCAAUACCCAUGUUUCUUUGUUGCCUCGUUCUGGUUUUCAUGCUUUACUUCCUCGACGUCACUUUUGAAUUUGGUCAGGCAAUAGGAGCUGUUGAUGAAGACAAGGACGAGGAGCAGGAAGUAAACUAGCUUGCUAGCUUACUAUGAUGUGGCAACUUCAUUAAUGGGCACAUUACACUUAGCUAGCUAGAGUCUAGAGCUGGAGAUUAGAGAACAAUUCAAAUUCAACAGAAGUUGAAUUCAAUUGUUCUAGUCUAAUAAUGUCUAAACCAACGUAGGAAGUUCGUAAUAAGACAAUAGUUUAGCAUGUCAGGUUUUAUCCCUUCUACUUGUUGCUCAUUUCAUUCUCUCAGCUCUGCUAUUCUAAUUUCUAAGCCUCUUCUUCUUCUUCUUCUUCUAAUGUUGGAUGCUUCUGGUCUGUAUUAAUUCCGUUACUCCUAAUAUUAAAGGGGGCGGAUCUCCAUA